CUUCUAAAACAAAGAAUAAAAAAUGGUUUCGCCACCUAAUAAAUUAAAGAUUGAGGAAAAUGGAUCUCGUUUGAGUAAACUUUUAAUCAAUAAAGGAACCCAAGCCUUAAAAACAACAUUGCAAUCUUUAUUAAAGUCAUCAAGUUUAGCUGGUAAACUUAAAGAUCCCUCUACAAAGAAGACACUAACAUCUUUGAAAUUUAAAGUCAUCAAGAAUGAGCAGUGGGAUCUUCUUUAUCCGUCAAUUGGUGACCCUGACAUUGAAAACUUUGACAUCACAUUAUUGACUGUUUUAUUGCGAAAUAUAUGUAAUCUAAAAUCCCCAACUGGAGGAUGGAAUAAACUUCCUUCCUCUUCAGAUACCUCAAUCUCAGCAAACAUUGCUAGAAUAAAGUUUUAUCGAAACAAAGUGUACAGUCACAUAACUACAACUAGUGUGGAUGACAGUGAGUUUGAGUAUUUGUGGAAUGAAAUCUCAAAAGCAUUGGUUGGUUUGGGUAUUCACCAAACUGAAAUAGAUGUAUUAAAGGAAGAUCCUCUCAGUCCUAAUGAGGCAAAUUAUAUUGAAAUGUUAAAAGAAUGGUAUGAAGAAGACCGACAGUUAAUCAAAGUCGUAGAGAAAACCAUAAAAGAUGUGAAAGUAAUAAAAAGUGAAGUAGAGGAAAUCAAAGAAAGCAUGUCAACUAAGAAUGAUGUUGAAGAAAUUAAACAAGAGAUGGCAACAAAAACUGAUGUAACCAGAGUGAGAGAAAUUAUACAGGACAAAAUAUGCUCAGAUGCCAAUAAGCUUGCAAAGUUUAAGUUUAAUGGUCUUAUAAAAGAUCUUAUUAAGAAAUACCUUGAAGGCACUAGACAAUGGUUAUUUGAAAAACUCGACACUUGGUUUAACGAUAGAAGUGAAGAUGCUUCUAACGUCAUGAUUUUGAUUGCCGGUCCUAGUGUUGGUAAAAGUGUGUUUGCUGCUGAGGUGUGUCGACGAUAUUCUGAAAAGAAGAAACUUGCUGCUUGUCAUUUCUGCAGAUAUAAUAGAUCAGAUUAUAGAGAUCCUCGAAAAUUGAUAGAAUCAUUGGCUAGUAGCAUGUGUGAUACAAUAUCAAAUUUUAAAAGUAAACUGAAUGAAGAAUUACAAAGAAAUAAUUCCAAAGAAUCGAUCAUCGAUAAGUUCUUUGUUUUAUUAAAUAAUCCAUUGCAUUCAUUGGAAGGUCAUGAACCAAUGCUUUUGGUUAUUGAUGCCUUAGAUGAAAGUCAAGUUGACGGCAAAAGUGAAUUGUUGGAAUUGAUUGUAGAAGAGUUUGACCGACUGCCUAAAUGGAAUAAAAUCUUCAUCACCAGUCGUCCAGAACUUCCUGUUCAAAAAGAGUUGAAAGACAUGAAUCCUGUGGAAAUUAAAACUCGUCCUCGUGAUGAAAACAGCGAAGAAGACCUGCACAAAUAUUUGAGACAUCAGUUGAAUGAUCGGGUGCAGAAAAAUCGCUACCUUCUUCAGUCAUUAGUUAAAAAAUGUGAGGGAUCAUUUCUUUACGCUUAUCACGCACAACUGAGCUUAAAGAAAGAAGAAAUUGAGCUUACUUACGAAAACAUUCAACAAUUGGUCUCUAGUGGGUUAAGCGGUGUUUACACAAAGCAAUUCAAAAGAGUAAAAGAAUUGUUAACGAAGAAAAGUACCAGAAAAUCUGUUAUCUCAGAAGCUACUUUCGUGCAAUUUCUUGAAUUGUUGGCUGCCUCUCGGGAGUUUUUACCAUUAACUUUCCUGUUUAGCUAUUUAGGUUUUUCUGAUGACAUCAAGUUUGAAGUCCGCAGUAAAAUCAUUGAACCGUUAUCUCAAAUUUUGCCAGCUUACGAUGAUUAUUUAACCGUGUAUCACAAAUCUCUAAUUGAUUGGUUGAAAUCAGAUGAUUUAAAGAGUGGUAAAGUAUGCGCUAAAUUUCGCGAAGGAGAUUAUUUCAUGCCUAAUAUAACUAUGCAUUCCAACACAGGAACUUUAGCUUUGGUUGACAAUAUAGAUUGCCGAAUUCAAUUUUUAAAACUUAAUGUUCCUGAAUAA